AAGGACGUCAGUAUGCUAGCAUGCCAGAUGUAACAGAUUAGAUAAGCUUUCAACCUUAGAAGAUUCCAUCAUUUAUCAACUCGAAUGACAAGAUUACCUGAUUCAAGAAAACCUACGCAAGGUGAAGGAGUUGAGGCGAAUAUAGGGAUUUCACCAAGACUCCAGCCAUUGUCACCAAGGAAAUCAACACGACUUCCACCGCUCAAAUCUCAGCGACUACCAGACAUAAACCCUAUUCAACCAUCUAAUAAAGUUUCAUUACUUGCCACAAGUGCUGAUUUACAACCUAAAAGAGAGGUAAAGGAAAAAGAUGUAUUCAGCCGGAAAGGAGUAAAGUGUGAUUAUAAAGCCCCUGUUAUAUCAAACAGAAGAGAAACGAAUGAAAAAGUUGUCAGCAAAAUCAUUCCUGUCGUUGAUAAGCGACAUAAAUCCAAUGAUACACAAGUAGGAAAGUCAAAAGAUAAACUUCACAAAACUGAAGUUAUUGUAAAGCACACUGACAACAUCCACUUGGAAGAAAUAAAACGUAACAUUUCACGAGUAGAAUCACAAUCAAAAUUAGUCCCCACCUGCCCUAAAAUCCAUCACGUCAUUAACAAAGAGGUCACGUGGCAGAAAGAACGAGAUCUUCUUAGGAAACAUAGAAAACAGCAGGCGCAACGGAUGAACAUGAAUAGGCAACCAGUAAAGGCUGUUACAUCGUAUGAUAAAACUGGCAAUGAAACAAAGCGGCUAUGUCCAAAAGAAGGAAAGUCUGUUGGAAAUCAUCGAGCGAGCGAAAGACAGAAGAUAGAUCUGUCUGUCCGUCGCAAAUGUGAUGACGACGAAGACUGGGACUGGGAUAAAGAUAUUGAAGAGUUCCUGGAAAUUGAGGAAAAGCAGAAAACCCGUCAGCUAUCAACUUCCGGAAAGUGCACACCUGCAUCAAAUGGGGCAAAAAAUCAGCAAACGCCAGUUAUUUUGAAUUGCACAAAGAAAGGAUUGGGUUUUAAAUCAAAGAAAAGAAUAGAAGAGGAAAAGCAGCAGGAGUUAAUUAGAAUAGAAAAAGAGAAAAGGGAAAAAGAGCGAAUAGAAAUGAUGAUCCCACAGAAGAUAAGGAAAGAUUUAAAGAAGUAUGGUUUUCGAUAA